AUGGGAAUCCUACAGAAGUAUUUUUUUAUUUUUUUUUUAAAAUUUAUUUUGAAGGUUUUGACUUUAUCCAAUAAAGAAUUGGAAUUUGACAAACUCGAAAAACAACAAGUUUUGGUUAAAUGGUUAGCUGCACCUAUAAAUCCUGCUGAUAUUAAUCAAGUACAAGGAGUUUAUCCAAUUAAGCCAAAUCUUCCUGCAGUUGGAGGAAAUGAAGGAUGCGCUCAAGUUAUCAGGGUGGGAAGCGACGUCGCUGAGUUCAAAGAAAAUGACCUCAUAGUCCCAGCAAUUUCUGGUAUUGGAACUUGGUGUUCUCACGGAAUUUAUGAUUCUAAAGAACUUUUUUUGGUUGAGGGAGAUGUUAAGGAUUUUAUAUUUUUGUCAAUGUUACAGGUAAAUCCUUCAACUGCUUAUAGAAUGCUUAAAGAUUUUGUGAAUUUAUCUUAUGGCGAUAUAGUUGUUCAAAAUGGGGCGAAUUCUUCUGUUGGGCAUUUUGUAAUUCAGAUUUGUCGUAUAUUGGGAGUAAACACUAUAAAUGUUGUUAGAGACCGGCCACAAAUUGAAAUAUUAAAAAAUCAACUGAAAAAAUCUGGAGCAGAUGAAGUGUACACAGAAGAAGAGUUUUCAACUUUAAUUCGUUCCAAAAAACUCAGAGCAAAAUUGGCUUUAAAUUGUGUUGGAGGAAAGAGUGGAAUGAUUUUGAGCCGUGCUCUCGAGCUUGGAGGUACUAUGGUGACGUAUGGAGGAAUGUCUCAAAAUCCAGUGAAUGUUACAACCUCUUCCUUAAUUUUUUCAAAUAUAAAGUCUGUUGGGUUUUGGAUGUCUAGAUGGUAUGGAAUGAGGCAAAAUAUUGAGGUUAUUUAG